GAAAAGUCAUUUGGUCUGAUAUGUAGUGUGCAUUUAUCACUGCAGGCUUGAGACUUUAUUGUGGAGAUAUUGUUAGGGCUGCGAAGAUGAUAUUUGUCUGUUUUGUGGUCGCUCAGUUUGCGCUGUUGGUAGCGGAUAGUGAGCCAUUGUGUUUAUCUAGAUUCGACUAUGAUUACAAAGUAUUAUCAAAACUUGUAGAGCUGGAAACUGCGCAAAACAGAGCUCUGGAAAAAAUUACGGAACAGCAGACUGUAAUUGACAAACAAAACAAAAUGCUGGAAAGCAUUACAGAGCAACAAACGUUUAUAGAUAAACUUCAACAUACAACAGAAGAACUGGAAACUGGACAAAAGAGAGUUCUGGAAAGAAUUACGGAACAGCAGAAUGAAAACGAAAAACAAAAGAAAAUGCUGGAAACAAUUUCAGAGCAACGAACGAUUGUAGAUAAACUUCAAAAUACAACAGAAGAGCUGGAAACUGGACAAAAGAGAGUUCUUGAAACAAUUACGGAACAACAGACAGUAAACGAAAAACAAAAGAAAAUACUGGAAACAAUGUCGGAGCAACAAAUUGUUAUCGAUAAGCUUCAAAAUAUAAUAAGAGGCUCUAAAUCAACUAAUGUUGGAACGACUUACACUCGGUGGGGGAAACCUUCAUGUCCUGGUAACGGCACAGAGACUAUAUAUUCUGGACUUGUUGCGGGGUCACACUACACUCAUAAAGGUGCAGCUGCUAACUACCUGUGCUUAACACAGCAACCAUCGUGGAACAAGUAUAACGACAAACAAGAAGCCGGCGGACUUGUCUACGGAGCUGAAUACGAGUUUUACCAUCGAAGUCGACAACAUUUCUUUGGUCGUGAAAUAAUUGAUGAGGACCCGCCAUGCGCUGUCUGUCGAACUGAACGGCCUACCGUAAUUAUGAUUCCUGGCAGUCGACAUUGUCGCGAUGGCUGGACCAUGGAAUACCACGGUUACUUAAGCAGUGGGAGUUACGGACAACCUGCAGCUACUGAGUUUGUGUGCCUAGAUGUUGACCCUGAAGUAAUCUCAGGCGGAAGGUCAAAUAAUAACGGCAAGCUAUUCUACCUUACGGAAAUCAGAUGCGGUUCCUCCUCGAUUUGCCCACCUUAUGUGAACGGUCGAGAGCUCUCGUGCGUCGUGUGCUCCAAAUGAAGUUCUUUGAAAUUUUAUUAUAGUAUUAUGUGAUAAGUGUUUGCAAUAUCAUUUACUGUUAUUUAGUUAUGGCAGGGACAUUGCUUUUAAACCAUGGCGUUUGAAUUUUACUUGUGUGUGACGCACUAAUAAAUAAUGAUUAAUUAAUGCAUUUGAGAUUGUCAAUAAUAAUUAUCAAUAAUAAAAUACAUUUUUGUUUUAUUCCAUAUCCAUUUGUAUAAAAAAAAAUAUUAAUCGAUAUAAUAUGUUGGAUCUCUUUUGCUUUACAAUUUCCUUUGUAAAUUAAUCUUGGACCAUUUUUAAAACCUGGGCUUCCAAGUGGAGUCAAGAAACCUAACUUAAAGCGAUAAGUUUAAUGUUAAUGACUUUUUCAUUGUAUUAUAAUGAUUCAGUUGAUAAUUAAACAUCAAGUCAUA